AUGGGAAGCCAUCUCCAUGUUUUUUGCAUUAUAUUCAGCUUGAAUUCAGAGGCUGAAGCGUCACUGGAUUUUUUGCUAAAUGGUGCUGAUGAGGCUUUGAUUAGUGCUUUUCUGGUGUUACUGAGAGCCAAAGGAGAGACUUUCGAGGAAGUAAGGUUCCUUUAUUCAUAUCAAUGUGGUGAUGGAGCAAACACAGUUAACAUUUUGACUGGAGCAUCAAUACUUGCUACAGCUUGUGGUGCUAAAAUUGCAAAGCAAGGAAAUCAUUCAAGUUCUUCGGCAUGUGGAAGUGUCAAUGUAUUAGAAGAGUUAGGGAUAGUUAUCAACCUAGAACCUAAGGGAGCUUCAAGCCAUGUGAAAGAAGCAUGCAUUGGAUUUAUGAUGGCUCCAACAUAUCAUCCAUCAAUGAAGCUUGUCUGCUCAGUCAAGAAAAAGCUGAAAGUAAAAACUGUAUUUAAUAUAUUGGGCCCUAUGUUAAACCCAACAAGAGUACUGUAUGCUGUUGUGGGUGUCUAUGCAGAAGAUUUGGUCUUGAAGAUGGCUAAAGCAUUGCAGCGAUUUGGCAUGAAACGGGCAUUAGUUGUUCACUCAGAGGGCUUGGAUGAGAUGAGCCCCCUUGGACCUGGGCUAAUCCUUGAUGUUACACCAGAAAAGAUUGAGAAGUUCUCAUUUUAUCCAUGUGAGAAACUUGUCGCUAGUUUUUAAUUUUGUUUUCUUUUC